CUGCGCAUAAACUCCCUCUCAUGUGCUCAGGUGAAUACUGCCUUCGAUAGUCUUCGGCGUGUGGUUCCAAAAGGGCACGUAACUGAGUGCCAACGUCUCAGCAAAAUAGCCACUCUACGUCUUGCCAUUCAGUAUAUUCGCGCAAUGCACCGUCUCCUUGGAAUGACAGUGCCAUUACAAUCAGCUCUUCAUCGACGCGAAAUUCUUAUUCAUCAGCCUUAUCAAGAGCAUCAACAACAAAAUUUGCUCGGAUACUCUCUACAAACCUGUCAAAGCCAACGAGGCCUGUCAAUGGGGCCUUAUAAUCAACCCAGCGAGUUUACUGUUUCAUCAGAGGAGCUCCAGAAGCAGAUUUUUUUAGACACACCCAUUAUAGAGCAGACACUUAGUUAUUCAACCUCCGCAAAUGGAAUUGACCUACCCAGUAACAAUCAUUGCUAUUUGAUAGACAGAGAAGGGAAGUCAUCUCUCUCCCAACCUAUUGCAGCCAGAGUGAUGAAAUCAGAUCAGGAGGAGAUUUCUAUAUUGGCCUAUGAGCAAAUUGAGGCUGCUCAGCAAGCAGAAUCUCGAGUCAGACACCAAAAUUCUACUCAAAAUUCAGUUCACCGAGAGCUUGCAUUAGGAACGGGAGAACAGAGAAGACACGCUGAUAGCGAACAUGUUUUGGCAAAUUGGUCUGUCCGUGACUACAGAUUAGGCAGGAAUGGGAGAGAGAAUGUUACUACGCAACAGACGAGGGCUGGUACAGCGAAGACCUCGAAGAAAGUAUUCGUGGGAAGACAAUGUCCUACGGGCAGUGUUUGGAUAAUGAAGGAAAGAAAAAGAAAAGAAAAUAGAGACGAGGUUGAAGUCUGUGAGGAAGUGAGAAAUGAGGAGGUAGAGGCGUGGAAAGGAAAUGGGAAGGAGAUUGGGGGGUGUGGAUCAAGAAAUGAAGAAUAUGAUGAGACAGAAGAGGCCGAUUGCAAAAGUCUUUUGCUUUUAACUGCAGGAGGCAGGUUGGAUUGGCCAACUCUGAGGGACAUUUAUUCCAGCACAUGUUCCUCCUCCAGAAUUCAGCAUGACAUUGAUAAGGAGCAUGUGAAAGGCAAGUCUGUUCCAAAGCCUAUAAUUGCAUUGAUAUCUAAUAAGUUAAGGAAUAGUUGUCGUGAAAGAUACGUUUGA